UUUGGAACCAAUAGCACGUUGAAGUUAUUUCCAUUGGCGAACAGCCAUCGUGGAAAAGAGAAGUUGUAUUUUUAGUAUAUGAGCCAUUCACACAUGAAUUAGUGACUUAUUGAGUGUACAACAGCAAAGAAAAUGAUUGUUUUUCUAUUUAUCUCAACAAGUAUACAUGUAGCAACCUGCAGCGAAUCAUCAAAACUGGUGUUUGGACAGGUUGGGGAUACAGUCACUCUUCCAUGUAAAUACGACAUUAACGCCAAUGGCCUAUUGAACAUUUGUUGGGGGCGACAUCAGUCAUGGUUCCAUUGUGAGAACACUGUUAUCUCCUCCGAUGGCUUGCAAGUGAACUACAGAGAGUCACAUAGAUUCAGCUUGGUCAGUGGACUCGACCGAGGAGAUGUUUCCCUUACCAUAAGGGUUGCUCAAAAUACGGAUGCUGGGUUGUACGUGUGCCGUAUCGAGAUCCCUGGACCUUUCAAUGACAUUAGUCACAAUGUUUAUCUGUUUAUCAGCAAUAGACUGGAUCCAAAGAGAGUCAUCUCAGAAACACAGCUGGUCCCUACAACGGCAAAGCAGGAAAAGCAAGACCCAACCACACUCAUUACUGAGCUUUAUAUCACAUCAGAAAAGAUAACUGCAGAUAUUACUGGCAUCUACAUAGAUGAACCUGUUGCAGUGGUCCAUACUGAGGAAGCAAUGGACGCAUUUGUCAUAAAUACUGUAAGAGUGGGAGCCAUUGUCUUCAUCCCGGGUUUAAUCAUCGCAAUUCUGUUCAGACUGCGGCGCUUCAGAGAGCGCACCAGCAACAGGGGAAGUUAAAAAUCUGCCAGAUCUCCCAAGCCCAACAAUAACCACACACGGAUAUGAUAGUCAUAUUUGAGGUCAUGGACCACAUGUAUAUGGUGAUGUGGACUUUUUUUUUGUUUUUUUGCCUUUUUUGGGGUUUGUUCUCAGUGGCUAAUAUUUAUGGCCUAUUAUAAAAUAAUUGAUUGAUUAUUAAUCUAAGUCUGAGAUCACUUAUUUACAAUAUGUUGUCGUUUUACUUUUUCAUUGUA